AUUGAAUACUCAAGGUGUGCAAUAAGCUGCGCAAGGUAUGAUAUCAAUCGCUACUUUGCACUAUAAAACUGCUGCAUGUUUACUAAGGUUUGCUGAAUCGAAACUGGGGUUACGUGUACGUUUUGUGUCUGCAGACUGUAGUCUAAAUAAUGAUAAGCCGGUUGAUAUACCAGAUCCGUACGUUAAACCGCCUAAGAAAUGCUUCAUUUGUCAAAAAAACAUCCCUUUAGAUUAUAAGAACGUCCGUUUGCUGUCGCAAUUCGUCUCUCCGUAUACAGGGCGUAUCUAUGGACGUCAUAUAACAGGAAUGUGUAUACCAAUGCAGAAAAGAAUAUCGCAAUUGAUUAAAAAGUCUCGACAAUUCGGUUUUAUGCCGUUUGAAAGUAAAGUGAGUGCGUUCAUUGCUGACCCAAGGAUACAUGUACCUUCAAGAUUGCGGUGAUCUAACUAAUUAUGUACAGGCAUUUCGUAGAAUACAGUUUUGAUCAGUUAUAUAUUUUAUCAGUUUUCUGUUGAGCGUAGGUUACAGCAAAAGUGAGAAUCCUAACUAGUUUAAUAUAUGAGCCUAUAAAUUGUUGACUUUGAAAAGUUGAAUUAUUACUGUAUAAACAAUAAUGGGUCAGUGUAAAUGUUGGAUAUUUAAAUCUUUUAAAAUUUACGAAAUCCAGAGAAAAUCCUAACUUUACUGAAGAAUAUGUCAUAGAUAGAUAGCUGUUAACGUAAAAGUAUUUACAUCACACUAGUGGAUAUUCAACUCUGUUUAGACGAAAUAAACAUUUUUACUUAUUCU